AGGGCGGGGGCAGGGUGGGGGAAGCCAGGCGGGAUGAUUGCCGGGGAACUGUAGACUGGAGUGGAAAGCGCGCCAAAUUUGAAUCUGUGUUUAUAUCCUGAUUGUGAGGUUUUCAGGAAAGUGACAUGGAGUGUCAUCCUGUGAGACUGGAAUUGAGCCGCUAUGGCUGCAGCAGUUCGAGAAAAAUUGAUCAAGCUUUCCGGCUCUUUUUGUAUCUCUGCGAAGAGCUGAGAGUUUGGGAUAUUUCGCACGACUACUCUCCUGAUACAGAUCUUAUCUACAUCCGGGCCAAGUUGCAGAAAGACGCAGACUUUGACGUUUUCGUCCCUCUGGACAUGAACAGUGAUGUCACUCCUCAAGGCCUGUGCGCUUUGCAGAGUGAACUCGGGGUAGAGUCGGAUCAUAAGCCACUCAAGAGCAUCAAGUUGGCCUUUGUUGGUUCAGACAAUUCAGUCAUAAUUUAUGACAUGAUCCAGGGCGUCGCACCUUUCGUCUCUCGGCAGAAGAAAAAGAUUGAUGCCGAGUGUGCGUUAGCGCCUGCUGUGUGGCAAUACGUGAAGGAUAACAACGAGGACUUGGUAGGUCGGGAUUGAUUGCAAUAGACUGAAUGAUCAUUAUGUGAUGGAUGAUGGAACUUGACAGAAACAACUGCAAGUUUGCAUUUUGUACUUUUUUAUUACUGCAUUAUUCAUCAAAUAUUGUUAACAUUAUGUUCAAGCUUAAACAGUGAUAAGACAUCGUGGAUGAUAGUGUCAGCAAAACAUAAAUAUAAAAAUCUAAGAAUUAAGUCAAAAAGUGUGUGCACUUGACAUUAAACCUAAAGGGUGACUAAGAGUUGUUAAUCACUACCGAUAAUUCUUACAGAAAAGUUGCGGUUUAAACUUAGAAGAAUCGGGUUGUUGUGAUCUCUCAAAACUAAAAACAAUACAAAUCCCCAUUACUUAAUAGCAUUUUCGGCUUCCAAGUUUAGAGCGCUACAAAGCAAAGCCGCGUAAAAAGCAGAGUCGAUUAUAUAAAA